CUUUUUAUGAUAAAAAGAUAUAUCUUCAAGCAUGGCUGUACGAUUGCACGUUAACGAUGAUUUACACGAAGAAAAGGAAUCUGUUAUACAUUUAAUGCCUUGUAAAAUACAUGGCGAUGGACCAGCUAAUGUUUCAUCCUUUUUUCAACCAUAUAUACGCAAAAUAGAUAAUGAAAAUUACAAUAUUUCAUUCCGUGGAUAUCCACUUCAAGGAAAAAAAAUCAAGAUUCCUAGUGAUUAUAAAGGUAUAAUCUUUUUUGAACAUAAGAAACCGGAUGCUGAAAAUAUGCAACGUAACUUGUAUUCGAACGGGAGCUUCUCAGAAUUUACAUAUUGGAAUUAUGACAAAAUACCAUCUAAAAAUGAUGCCUUAGCAGCAGCAUUAGAUUGGAUCGACAUAGCAGAGGCACUUCAUGGUACAGAUAUAUAGCAGAACUUUUUAAAGAAUAAGCUAGUUUUAUGGAAAUGUUAAAUACACUUAUUAAAUUUUUUACUUUUGAUAUAAAAAUAUAAAAUAAAGAAAUUCUCGAAAUUGAAUUGCAAAUUACUUUAUUCUAUAGACGUCAAAGUAGGAUACUUAUAUUAAUAAAGUGUAGGUAUACAUAUUUUAAAUAUUUUACAAUUGUCUUAUCAUCACUUAUAAGCGCAUCUUAAGUCAAAUGUUAUUACAUGUUGAAUCUAUCAAACUGACCAAGAUGAAAAAGAUGCAAAUCAUUUUGUCAUCAAGAUAAUGUGUUUACAAUUUCAUAAAUCUUUGGAGCUUAUUGAGAUUUGCUGGUAUUGCUACAUAUAAUAUAUGAUGUUUUAUAUUUAAAUAUGUUUGUACCUGUUCAAGGGUGAAAAAAUGUCAAUACCACUAAGAAAAAUAUCAAAAUUACUGCCUCUAAUUGUAACAAUCUGCAUUGCAUAUAUCACUCUGUGUGUAAUAUAUGAUGCUUUAACAAAAUUUUAGUAUAUUAGUUAAUCUACAUAAAGAAUAACAUAGUAUAUACUACUUUUAGCAAUGUAUAUAAUUAUUAUGUAAAUACGUAUUUAAUGUGACAUUUCAUUUAUGUCUAAUAAUCCAAUCUAAUUAGUGGCAGUGCUAUUAAAGGUACAAAGUGGUACAAUAAUAUUUCCAGACAAAAAACUCAUUCAUAUUUAUAUUUACAAUAUUUGUAACUUUUUACCCAAUGAAAUCUAUUAAGAUAUUUUAUUAAUACAGAAGUUGCAGUCAAAG